AUGCCUCUCAUGCCAGUCCGUACCACAGGCGGCGUAACAGCCGCCGACUUGCCUUUCAGGCAGUGGUGCUUCGCGUUCGGCCUGGUGACUUCCUUGUUCUUCACAUGGGGCUUUGCCUACGGCCUGCUCGAUGUCCUCAACUCCCACUUCCAAACCAUCUUCGGAAUCAACAAGACUCAGAGCACGCUGCUCCAACUGGCGUACUUCGGCGCAUACCUCGUAUAUGCUCCCAUAGCGAGUAUAUUCAUGGACAAGUAUGGGUACAAGAAAGGAAUCCACAUGGGCCUGACGCUGUAUUCUCUCGGCGCUAUCUUUUUCUGGCCGUCCGCCAAAUUCGCCACAUACGGCGGCUUCGUCGGCUGCACGUUCGUGAUUGGAUGCGGCUUGUCCUGCCUCGAAGUGGCGGCCAACUCGUACAUCACCGUACUGGGCAGUCCCAAGUACGCGGCCGCGCGCCUCAACUUCAGUCAAGGUUUCCAGGGUGUUGCCUCCUUCGCCGGCCCGCUUAUCGCGUCAAGGUGGUUCUUCACGGGGAAGAACGCGACGUCGCUCGACACCGUCCAAUGGGUCUACCUCGCCGUCGCUGGCCUCGGAGUACUUCUGCAGCUUCCCGAAAUCACGCAGGAUGCACUUGCGGAAGAAAUGCACUCGGCAGGCAUUGAUGCCGACAAGGAACCUUUCCACAAGCAGUACCACUGUAUCUUCGGCUGGGUCGCGCAGACCACCUACGUUGGAGCGCAGGUCGCAGUUGCCUCGUUAGCCGUCAACUUCCUGACAGAACAAGGUAUCGGCAUCAGCAAGCCGUUAGCGAGUCAGCUGUUCUCCUACUGUCAGAUCACGUUCACCGUCGGCCGCUUCGUCGGAGUCGCCCUUCUCCAGUGGGUAGACCCUGCACUCCUGCUAACUGUCUACUCGGCUGCGUGCAUGGUGUUCUCCCUGGGCGUGACAUUCGCUCCAGGCAAGUCCGCCGUGGGCUGCCUCUUCGCCCUCUUCUUCUUCGAGUCCAUCUGCUACCCGGUCAUCUUCACCCUGGGGACGAAGAACUUGGGCAGACACACAAAGCGUGGCUCCGGCUUGAUCGUCAUGGGCGUCGGAGGAGGCGCCUGGUGGCCGCCAAUGGCCGGUGCAGUUGCGGACCACGUAUCCACCCAGCGAUCAUACGGAAUUCCCUUCGCGGGGUACACCAUCAUGGCGAUGUAUGCUGUUGGCAUGGUCGUCGACCAGACGUGCAAGGGUGGCUUCCGCUUCCGCACGAUUGACGAGAUCGCAGAGAACAAGGCGCAUCAGCAGGGCAGGGCCUCGACUCGACCGAGAGCCCGAGCCCGGUCAAACGCGUGUCGACGGAGGGAAAAGAAGGGGAGCAGUGAAUUUGUCGAGGCCGUGUGA